AUGACUGCUUCUUCAUUUUCCGUUACCUUAACCACCAAAAUCCCCAAAAUCACUUCUUCAACUAACCACAAAUCACAUAAUCCCCAAAUCACCAAUCUCCGAUUCAAACCUUCCCCUAUUUGCACCCUUCUCCACUCCACACGCAAACCAAUCAACCUCCGCACCAACGCCGUCUCAGUUCAAUGCCUUUUCACCAGCCUCGUCGAAGAAAUCGGCACCGUCAAGCAAAUCGGAGCAUCCCCUGACGGCGGUUUCGACUUAAAAGUCAACGCAAAGACCAUCCUCGACGGCAUCAAUCUCGGCGACAGCAUCUCCGUCAACGGCACAUGCCUCACCAUAACAGAAUUCGACAUAGAAGCCUCCGAUUUCACCGUCGGUCUCGCUCUGGAGACGCUCCGAAAAACAUCCCUCUCCGAAUUAGAGACCAGAUCGCCAAUGAACCUCGAGAGAGCAGUGACUCCGGUGACUCGAAUGGGGGGACAUUUCGUGCAGGGUCACGUGGAUGGCACGGGGGAAAUUGUGUCUAUGGUUCCGAAAGGGGAUUCGCUGUGGGUGAAAGUUAGGGUUGAGAAGGAGUUGCUGAAGUAUAUUGUGCCCAAAGGGUUUAUUGCUGUGGAUGGGACUAGUUUAACUGUGGUCGAUGUUUUUCAUGAUGAGGUCUGUUUUAAUUUCAUGCCGGUGGCUUAUACUUAG